UCUCCAAAAUGUGUGAAUUGAUUUUUCGCGCUAGUUUCUUUCAUGUGACUUGAAUGAUAUUUUAAUUUGUUGAAUCUAUCUUGAUUCAAAAUGUCUUCGUCGAAUUAUCGUAAUCAAUUGUUGAGAAAAUUUCAAAUGAAUGGCCUUAAUGUUCGUCAAGAUGCCUUAAAUAUUUUUGAAUCUGAAUUCAAACAUGGACAACCACCAUAUGAAUCAAUCGAUGAUUUUAUCACUGUUCUUAUAGAUAAAAUGUUGACCCAAAUGACUUGCGAAGAUUAUAUUAUCAAUUCAGAAAUGGCACAAAAAGCAAUAGAAAUUUUGCGUGAUUCCCGACAAACACAACAGCCAAAUCAACAAAACCAGAAUCAAAUUGUUAUUAGAAAUACAAUCGAUUUGGAACAAAGUUUGGAAUCAAAUUUUAAGUUCCACUAUCAACAAUUAGUCAAACAACUGAAAAAACUUUCUGUAUUUGAAUCGGGACAAUUUCGUUUGAUGACAAUCGAUGAGCUAAAUACAUAUGAAUCGAAUAUUGAAAUUAAAUGCAUUGUAUUCGCCAUGAUUCGUCAUGAUCCGUCCAGAAUAAUGCAAUUUUUGUUAGAAGACCCAACUGGUAAAAUUCCAUUUCAAUUAAGUUCUCAAAUUGUAUGGCGAGAAUGGGCAACAUUCCAACAUGGAAUUUAUCUAAUUGAAGGUUUAUAUGAAGGUCGAAAGGAUUCAUUUCAGAUUACAUCGAUUGGUCUUCCUCCACUUCCUAUACAAUCAAAUUCGAUCGAUAAUGUGGCAAAUCAUGUCGAUGACGAUGAUCGAAUGCUCAUUUUAUUGGCUGAUAUUCAUCUUGAUCAACCUACAACAAUGGAAGCGCUAAAAUUUUUAUUUAAUGGUUACAAUUCUUUGCAACAGGUUCCCGAUAUUUUCAUAUUGAUUGGGAAUUUUUCCUCUACUCCUGUUGAUAACUUUGAUUUCAAGGAUAACAUGAAAAAGUUGGUUAAAUUGAUAUCAACAUUUAAAAAAUUGUCACAACAUUCAAAAUUUAUUUUUGUCCCUGGUCCAAAUGAUCCCAGCUCGGUUUCAACAGAUUCAUUGGUUAAGCAUCAAUUUACUCCGGAUCAUUUUCCGACAACAACUACAAGAUUGAAGGAUUUCCAUCUUCCUUCCAACCCAUUUUAUGUAAGAUUUGAUGAUCGAAAAUUAUGCAUCUUUUCGAAUCGAAUUGUCAGCAAAUUCGCCAAAAAUGUCAUAAAUAGCCACGAACAGCUUCAUACAACGAAAUUGUCGAAAAAUGAUCCGACAAUCAUGAACGAUUUUUUAAAAUCUAUUGGACGUUUAAUCAUCACCAAUGCUCAUAUAACCGCUGGUCUUUGUCGAAAUUACUCCAAUUCAUUAUCUUUGUUUUCUCAAGCUCCUGACCUGUUGAUUUUGGCUGAUACUGAAUCACCAUAUGUGGAAUGUCGACCAUUCGAACAAAGUUCAUCACCACAUUUGACUACCUCACGAUCAUUCUCCAAAAAUAAUUUUCAAUUUAUUGUCUAUUAUCCCAAAGCCAAUCAAUUAGAGGAAUCACAAAUAAGCAUUUAAAUUGUUCUUUUUAAUAAAUGGAAAAUUUUAUUCAUUUUUAAAAA